AUGAAAUAAGAAGACAUUUAAUCUCCAUAAUUAUGUGAUAAUUUCCCUCCAAGACUUCCAAAUCCUAGGAGAUCAGCAAUAUUUAAAUAAGCAAAUCCAAUUAGUCUAACAAAACUAGAUACUAGGCUUUAAGAAAAGAAUGACAUGCUUGUUGCACAAAUCCAAAAAAUAGUUAAACAUAUGCCAUCAGAUGAUAAAUAAUUAAAAGCAGAAAGACAUAUUUAUGAUGCCUAUUAUUUGAGAACUAUUCGAAAUGAUAUUGAUUUGGCAGAUAGAGUAAUUUUAAAAUAUUUUUGGAUAAUUGAAAAUAGCAGAAUUUGGAGUGGAUUUCUUUUAACAUUGGCAAUAUUCUAUCAAGUCCUCACAUUCUUUGAAAAACCUUUUCCUGAAUCUAACUUUUAUGAAGCACCAGAUGUAGCCAAUAUUGAAUUAUUCAUAUUGAUAAUCAUUGGAUUUGAUUUCCUUAUUACUUUAAUUUUAUUGGCAACUAAAAAAAAUGAUGGAGGAUUUCAAUUCAACACUAAAAGAAUGGUCAAGAUGCUAUUCUUCUUAAUUUGUGUUACUGAUUUCAUUAAUUCGAAAGUUGACUAAACUCAAAUUAGAUUCAGUAGAUUAGUUAGACCAGCUUUCAUGAUUUUUUAUUCUAAAGAUCUUAGAAGAAAUCUUAAAGGAAUUGCAAAAGCAAGCAAAGAUUUACUAUUACUUUUUCUGCUUUAUGUUAUUAUUAUUUCCACUUUCUCUUUCAUAGGAAUCAAUUUAAUUGGAUCAUUAGAAAAUGUUGAUCUUGAAACUCAAGAUUAUGGAGAUUUCUUUAAAANUACUAAUACUUUGCCAUAAACUUACUUAUGUGUAAAAUAGCAUUUUUAAUAGCAGUUAUAAUUCAAACCUUUUCAUAAAAAAGUAAAGCAUUGA